AUGCGCAUCGCAGAUGAGGAACAGGAAUUGGCACGAAGAAUAUGGCUACAAGACCUUGCCAACACUCUACCAGACGACUGCCAACUCGACGGCUUCGAUCUCUCCGAAUCAAUGUUCAAAGACAUCAUCAUUCCCUCGAAUGUGUCAUUCUAUCAACAUAAUCUGCUAGAGCCCUUUCCAACCGAGUUCCUCGGGCAAUACGAUGUCGUCAAUGCCCGUGCAUUAGUGGUUGCAUUAUCCCAUGACGAAUGGGAACCUGCACUUCGCAAUUUGAUAUUCUCCGUUCCGGGUGCGACGAAUGGCCACGUUCCUGCCAAUGCUGAACGUCUCAGUGCUGUCCUCGAAGGAAUUCAGAACUUCAUGAUUGCUGCGCUAAAAAUUCGCAAAUUCGAUUCGAUUGACUCGGUUGAUCAAGUCAUGGAAAUGAGAAUGGCGGCGGAGAAGGAUUUGCUUAUUUCGGCUGCUGGUUCAGUUACAAGGUUUAUGUGGUGGUAG